AUGCCUUCUUAUGAUCUUCCGGCUAUCAUCAUCACAAUCAUUGUCAUUAUAUGGCUCCUUUGGCAGUGUUGGAAAAAGCCAAAGCUUGAAGAGAGCCACGCAUCGAUGAGUCGUCAAUCAUGGAAAACGGACAUCACUCAACAAUCGCCAGUUUCCGGAUCGAUUGCUUGCCCGUCUACCAUCACCGCCAUCAGUCCACUUCACAGAACCUCUUCAAGCACAAGCGGAGAGAUCAAAACUGGACGAGCCAAAUCGGUGGCUGAAACACGUAAACUCUUCGACAAGAGUUCAUCGGAUGAUGGGCGCAAAUCGGUUCACUCGGACUCCUAUCCAGUGAAGAACGACCAGCCUUUUGUGGCCGCAGCCAGAACGAACUCUGUGCAAUACGACCCAAAUCAACAGCCACCUCGUUCUCGCAGCGAAGGGAAAAAGGAUCAUUUGCAUUAUUGGUUUGUGGAAUCGCAAUCAAACCCGAAAAACGAUCCACUCAUUCUCUGGCUCAAUGGAGGCCCGGGAUGCUCGAGUUUGUUGGGAUUGCUGCAAGAGAAUGGACCGUUCUUGAUCAACGCCGAUGGAAAAGCGUUACAUUUGAACGCGCACUCGUGGAACGCAAACGCCUCGGUUCUCUAUCUCGAAGCACCGGCUGGAGUCGGCUUUUCGUACACUGAUGCACCGGAUGAAAGACUAGACGAUGAUAUUACUGCCACGAAAAACUGGGAAGCGUUGGUGCAGUUUUUCAACGAGUUUCCCCGAUUCAAAAGCAACGAUUUUUACAUCACUGGAGAGUCAUAUGCCGGAAAGUACAUUCCAACACUUGUCGACGAAAUUCUCAACCGAACACCGGAGUUUAAAAUGAAAUUGAAAGGAAUGGCAAUCGGUAAUGGAUUAAUGGCGGAUGCACUUGUAGAUGCCACAUUGCCCAUAUUUCUCAAUCAACACUUGAUGUAUGAUGAAAAAGAAUGGAAUGCUCAUGUCAAAAAAUGCUGCCAAGGCAAUGUGGCACUGUGUCAACAAGAACAAAGUGCAAUCUGCAACGCCGAAUGGCAAGAGUUCAUUUAUCAAGCCUGGGAUUCGCCUAUCUCGCCAUAUAACAUGUAUCAAAAGUGUAAACCUUCACAGGAUAGAUUUCUUUUCGAUUUACAGUAUCGCUUUCGAGAAAAACGAAACUUUGACAAGUUUCUGGAGCGACAUGCUAAAAGCAAAGCGCCUGCUUGUGAUCUAGAUGCACAGGCGGAGACUUAUCUCAACAAACCGACUGUUCGAAAAGCUCUCGGAAUUCCAGCUAAUGUUCAAUCAUUUAACGAAUGUAACACCAACGUACUUUUGGGAUACGAUCAAAGCAAGUACCCAUCAGUGCACGAUCAAAUUGACAGAGCGCUGAAGCGAGGAGUCAAAACGAUGCUCUAUUACGGAGAUGUUGACAUGGCUUGUAAUGUGAUGCACGGUCAACAAUUUUCCGAGGAAUUUAUCAAAGACCCGGAGAAUACAUUCAAAUGGUACUUUGUUGAUCGUGUAGCCGGUGGGAAAUGGAUGCAAGAGGGGAAUUUUCGAUUCGUCUCUGUUAGAGGCUCUGGUCACAUGGUUCCAAAAGACAACCCAAUCGUCGCCAAGCACAUCAUCGACCGUUUCAUCAAUUGGGCACCUCUUGAUAGUGCUGAUGAA